CAUCUUUGCAGACACGAGUGUUCGCCCAUAAUGGUAAAUGUUUUGGAUUAAGUUCUGGUUCUGGAAAUUUUGGAAAAAAUGUCGGAUUCACAUAAGCACUGGACGAAAGUGAAAAAUGUCCACAAAGUGCUGAGAAAAGAUUCCAUCUCCGGAGCCAAGAAAGGCAAAAAGAAAUCAGAUGACAAAAAGGCUGAAAAUGACGUCAGCAAGCAGACGGUGGUGGAGGAGGAGGUGGACCCACAGGAAGCCUUCAGACAGGUCGUCCUCGACGCCAUCAAGACGGCGUUUGAGUUGGUCACCGUAAACGGAGAAAUCAACAUCAAUGUAGAUAACAUAUUCCCCCUGAUGAAAACCCUGGAACUGAACCCAAACGAUGAACCCAUCAUGGAUAUGAUUAGGACUGCCUGUAUAGACACCUACGGAAACAUCAAUGAGUUGGAGUGGGACGAUAAGGUGAUCGAGCAGAGACGGCAGGUGACGGGGGAGGAUUUUGAGGAGGAUCUAAAAUCCGCCUUCAGUCUGAUUGACAAGGACGCUGAUGGCGUCAUCACCACGACUGACAUCUACGACCUGAUGAUGGGGCUGGGGGAAAUGUUAACGGACGAGGAGAUCGGCGAACUCAUAAAGACGGCAGAUCUAGACAACGACGGGCAAAUCAAUUAUAGGGAUUUUAGAAUAUUUCUACUCGGAGACACUGGUGAACCAAUCGAAGAACCGGUGCGAGAGGAACCAAAGAAAGAGGAAACGACGGAGGAAAAGAAAGAAGGAGAGGAAGAAAAUCAGGAGGAAAAGAAAGAAGGAGAGGAAGAAAAUCAGGAGGAAAAGAAAGAAGAAGAGAAUAAAGAGGAACCUAAAAAGUCCGCACUAACUCCGGAAGAAAAAGCCAGGAGAGACAGGAGGAUGAAAAGCAUGUUAAUGGGAUACACGACAAUACUCAAAGUUGGCGAGGACAAGAAGAAAGAGGAGCAAAGGAAAGAAGAGGAGAGGAAGAAAGAAGAAGAGAGGAAAAAGGAGGAGGAAAGAAAGAAGGAAGAAGAAAGGAAACGUGAAGAAGAAGAAAAAAGAAAAGCAGAAGAAAAGAGGAAAAAGGAGGAGGAAAUAGCGCGACGACUGGAAGAAGAUGCCAAGAGGAGGAAAGAGGCAAGAGAAAGACGGGCCGCUGAGCUCCGAGGCGAAGUUGAAGCGAACUCAAAUAAUGAUUCAAACAGACCAGGUUCUGGGGUUAUUUCAGUUACUGUGAAGCACCUAGAAUCCAUAACAGAAAACGAAGGUGAAAAAGAUGUAGAUUCUGGAAAGCGACCUGCCUCGUCUCGCCCCGUGUCAGGAACACCAAGUGUCCGCAGUAUACCGGAGGACGUGACAAUCAUUGACGAUGAGUCGGAACACGAGUUCGGAGAGUUCACGGAUGAUUUACCGUCUGGAAGGACGUCAUCAGCUAGGAGUCGUCUGCAGUCAGGAAAAAGUCGAUUGUCGUCUGCUCGGAGCCGACUCGGUAGUAUUCAUGAAAGAGCCAUUCAUAGUUCUGCAGACAUCAGUGAUUUGAAUUUGUCUGAAGAAUUGGAUAGCAUGGCUCUUUCUGAUGACGAAGAGCCAAUCAAAAAUAACAGGUUUACAGGCAGCAUGAGCGACAGACAAAUCUACUAUACUCAGAACUUUGAUUCGCGUCAUGGUUAUUGUGAAAUUGGAACUGACGACGAUUUGCAAAAUGAUGUGUCUGUGACGCAGUAUAGUAUGUAUGAAACGGCACCGCUAUUCGUAAAGUACAAUAAUGGUUUCCCAGUAAGACAACUACAACGUUGUAAGUCAGCAAGUAAAAUACAGACGAUUAAAAGACUGGAACAGGGCAUUCUAAAACGGCAAAAUACAGAACCAACGAUAGACAUGAACGCAAUUCGAGAAGCCAAUGAAACAUCGCGUCAACCUCCAAUAAAAACAAACGCAAAUGGCCAAGUGUGUUCUCAUAUAAACAUGAAACUCCUGAUGACUACCGACCAAAAGGAAAAUUUCUCUAGCUACAGCAGGAGUUUAACUAGAAGACCUAGAACCGCACCUGUAUUAAGUUCUAGAAUGAGACAAUCCAUGAAAACACCGGAAGUGGACGAAAACAACAACGGACUCAUGAACAUUGUAGAUCUAUCCCAGUCUCUUCAUAUGGAGGAUAUGGGUUACCCUGAAAAUCCAGAAAUGUCAUUGAAACAUUCGGGAUAUAAAUCUGUGUGGCCGCUCGCGAGGGUGAAAUCUGCAAGAAACAAUAAAAUUAACAAUGGCAAAAAUAUAGAACUGAACUCUAUAUCUCGGCGACUAGAACGAGUGGAAGUUCCAUAUACUCGUCCUAAGUCAGCUUUUGAAUUAGCUAGUAACCAAAGACAUUUUUAUAAUGGACAAAGUAUUAGAAAAAAUGGACAUCAGUCUAUAAUAAAUCUAGAACUACCUUACUGCCAGCAGAACAACAUAAAGAGGAUGUCUAGAUUAUCGAGGAUGGUACACAAUAAGCCUAUACGAGCUUAGUCUAGUCAGCUGAAAGCAUUAGUCAAUCAAUCUAUAUUUAAAACCUGUUCAAAUUACAUGUAUGAAAUUUGUUUUUGUUAUAUUAAAUUCUUUUACAACUUGAA